AUGGUCGCUGGUCGGAAAACUCACAGGUCAGGUCAAAGUAGCCUUGUUAUCGUUGUGGGAAGAGAGAGGAGAGAGAAAAUGCAAUAUGGUGCGUCAACAUGUGUGCUUCAUCUGCACACGUUCACCCUAAUUUUCCAGUACCAGCUCUCUGGUUGUUCUUCUUACCCAGGAUUUCGUUCUUCUCAUUGGGAAAAAAAGGCACUCUCUUUGAUUCAAAAGAUAUUCCAACAAAAAGGUGCUAUGCAGCUAGAAGAAAACGAGUCGCUUGUUCUUAAUUCAGAUUUUCUUGUUGAAAGCCCUCAGCCAAUGAAAGCUCAACACAUUUAUAGGUUAAAAUCUAUUGAGGCACAUACUAACUGCGGAUAGGAAAUGCCAAGAGAAACUAACGGUGAAUAUAUGGGUUUAAUGAAUCUAAUCUGCAAGGCCUUGUCUUAUCAGCACGCAACAAACUUGUUGCAGAGACGCUUGCUGAAGAAGAUGUAGAACACAAGGUUAAGGGGGACGCCGAAAAGGAGAAACAUUUGAUAAUUUUAUCUGUUUACAUUUAAUUGAAGUUUGUUGAAUAACUUUAUCUAAUUUUUUGAUGUGUUAAUAGGUCUUGUUUUAAACUUUGACAUCUGUGCAAAAGAUAAAAGAAAAGAGACAUUCGAAACCUGCAAAUUUCUUGGACUCCCACGGAAAGGCACUAGACGAAGGGAGGUAAUAAACUAUUUUUUGUUUUAGAAUUUGUAGUAGUACUACAGAUUUAUUAAUAAGCUUUCCAUCAGAUCUUCUAACUUAAUUCUUAAUUUUUAUGGCCAUUGUGGGACUAUUAGUUGUCAAGUUACUGAAUGCUAUCAAAGUUGAUGCUUCUGUUUUAUCAAAAAGUUUUCUGCUA